AUGCCCAAGGCCACGGGCCAGCGCUCAGUGAGCGCCCGAAAUAACCCUGUCGGGAGUCGUUCUUCUCGACGCAUCAGCAACUCUGUAGCUGCUGCCAAGGCUGCUGCCACCAAAAAGACCAACGCACAGAACCCGAUCAAGGAGGAGCAAGUACAGGAGCUUGAAAGCGAUGACCAGGAGACCCCUCAGGAUCCUGAAGGUCACCCUUCAGCUGCCGAAAAUGCCUCUUCAAACGAAUCCAUCGACAGCUCUGCUAAUGAAGAGAACGAUGAGAACGAAGAUGAAGAAGAGGAGGACGAGGACGAUGGUGAGAAUGACGAAGACGAGAACAACAAUGAGAAUGAAGGUAAUGCUGAGGAUGAAGAGAACACUGCUCUUCAAGGCCCAGCACCACCUGGUUAUACCUGGCAACUUGUGCCCAUCACUUACCAUGGCGAAACUGCUGGAAACGUCGCCUCCCGAAUGUUCGGCAAAAAACUGAACGUCAAGAGCUCACUUGCUAAGAGAUUGUUUGACGAGUUGGCAGUACGUCCAGCAAGCCAGCGAAACCGCAAGACAAAGCUCAAUGUGUCGCGGCGUAGCAAUGCCGAAGCUCUUCUGUGCCACCUUACCGGUGUUCGGGUUCAGACCGCUUGCAAGAACUGCUCGAGAAGCCACGGUCCCUGGCACGAAUGUGUUAUCUAUGACGGUCAGAUGUGCGGCAGUUGCACUAACUGCUGGUACAACGCGAGCGGUUCCCGUUGUACCUUUCAUGACGACAAUCAAGCUUGCCUAUUUCUUCCUGCGGCAUUCCCCGCCAUGCAGAUGCAGAUGCAGAUGCAGUCCAUGCGUAUUCCUACUAUGCGUAUGCCUGCCAUGCUCCCUGGAACAAACAAUGUUCCCGGCCAACAGUAUUUAGAAUACGCCAACGGCCAGCCAGCUGCCCAGGAGGAGACUCCCCUCGAGCGCCUGCAAAGAAUCGGUGCCAUCCAGACUGGCAUUUCUGGAACCCCUCUGGAUAGACUCAUUUCACGAGUGGAGAGUGCUGCUAUUGAGCUUGGCAGUCGCGUGGGUGAAUUUCAGGAGUUCAUCCAAACCCCCGCGGGUUACCUCAUGAUGGCCCAACGCGCGGCUCAGGAUGCUACCCCUUCUUCCUCAACUGUCGAAGAGCUAGGUUCUGUCGAAGAGAACGGUUCUGACGAAGAGCUCGGUUCUGAAGAAGAGCUCGGUUCUGAUGAAGAGAACUAA